GGAAGUAAGAAAGUGAGAGACCAAUAAAAGAAGCUAGUUGCAGACAUAGAAAGAUCAAAAAUCAAAACGCAUUGAAGAAAUUGAAAUUGAUACUGAAACUGAAAGAGAGAGAAAUAGAACAACAACAACAACAACAACAACAAGAGCGAGAAAAGAGAGAGUAGAGACAGAACAAGUUGUGUUUGUGUGUCCGUCCGGUUAAACUCAUUCGUUACAGAUAUAUAUAUAUAUAUAUAGAUUUAGAGAGAGAAAAUCCAACCUCAUUUUCUCUCUCUACAACUAACUUCCAUUUCAUCCAACAAUGGAGCACUAUCCUCGCUCCACUCAACCUGAUCCGUCACCGGAAUGGACCGGACCGGAUUCUCAAACCGGUCUUGAAGAACCUAUGUGGCAAUUGGGAUUAGGUUCUGCUGCUGGUGAAGAUUCGUAUCCACUUCGACCUGAUGAGAUUGAUUGUACUUACUAUUUGAGAACUGGUUUUUGUGGCUUUGGUUCUAGGUGUCGGUUCAAUCAUCCUCGUGACCGUGGCGCGGUUAUUGGAGCUGCUGCUAGGACUGUAGGGGAGUAUCCCGAACGCGCUGGCCAGCCGGUUUGCCAGUAUUACAUGAGGACAAGAUCUUGCAAAUUUGGUGCGUCUUGCAAGUACCAUCAUCCUAGACAGGCUGGAGCAACUGAUGCUACUCCUGUUUCACUAAAUUAUUAUGGAUAUCCGUUACGUCCGGGUGAAAAGGAAUGUUCCUAUUUUGUGAAAACGGGACAGUGCAAGUUUGGUGCUACUUGUAAAUUUGAUCAUCCAGUUCCUGCUAGUGUCCAAAUUCCAGCUCCGUCGCCAAUUCCCCCAGUUUCACCUUUACAUGUACAAGUACCUUCGCCAUUAUAUCCAACCGUACAGCCUCCACCAUCUGGUCCUUCUUCACAACAAAUUGGUGUACUGGUCGCAAGGCCACCUCUACUACCUGGUUCGUAUGUCCAGAGCCCUUAUGGACCUGUGGUAUUGUCCCCAACCAUGGUUCCAUUUUCUGGCUGGGGUCCUUAUCAGGCCACUGCAACAAGCCCUGUACUUCCCUCUGGAAAUCCGGCUAAUGUUGGUUCCACACAGCUUUAUGGCAUAACCCACAUACCUUCAUCAGCUAAUGCCUAUACUGGACCUUAUCAACCUUCUGUUUCCUCAGUUGGUCCUUCAAGCAGAAAUCAGAAGGAGCAGUCAUUUCAAGCAAGGCCUAAUCAACCAGAGUAUCAUUACUACUCUAAACCAGAGGAUCUUCCAUUUGGUCCAUCAUAUAGUUAUCACCAACCACCAGACACAAGUGCACCAAAAGCAAAUGUUGUCCUUAGUCCCGCAGGUCUUCCUUUACGCCCGGGAGCAGCACUUUGCACUCAUUUCGCACAGCGUGGUAUAUGCAAGUUUGGUCCUGCAUGUAGAUUUGAUCAUCCUAUUGCAUCACUGAGUUACAGUCCAUCUGCUUCUUCCCUUACAGAUGCGCCAGUUGCACCCUACUUUGUUGGUUCAUCUGUUGGUACUCUUCCUCCUUCAUCUUCUUCACCAGAGUUGCAGCCCGAACCUACCGUAGGAUCCAGCAGGGAGUCUGUUCCAUCCAGAAUACCUUCAUCAGUGAGCACAUCGACUGGAUCAGUUGGCUUGACUUUGUCAACUGGUGGCCCUGUUUCUCAAUCAAGCACUCGGAGUUCCAGUCCUUUAGCGCCUGCCAAUACCGUAACAAGUAACAAUGUCUCUCACACCUCAAGCUAAGAAAUGUGAACGCAUACAUCAUCAUUACUCCUUUUUUUUUUUUAAUCUCGAUUCUUCAACCAGACAUCAUUAUUCAAGGAGGCCGUCAAAUAGUUUUUUUUUUUUUUUUUUUUGCUGUCUCUCCCAGUUAUCCCAGUUCCGCAUUCAGAUCUAGCACACCUCACACUGAUUAUCUUUAUGUUCAUAAAAUCUUUUUAUGGCCAUUCCUUUGAUCUUGAAUAAACCGUGGCCAACCCAUACACAACCACCUUGCUUUAGAAUAACUCCUAAAGAAUCUCCAAUUCCAUUGUGCACAUGUCCAUCCAUAUCUCUCCAAUUUUUUGGAGUCUGUUGUGCUUAUUUAUGCUUCGAUCUUCUUUCAUAUGAGAAACAUUCCGUCUAGCCUUUCAUUGACCAUGUGUUUACGCCUCUUCACCUGAACCCUUUUUGAAUUAGGUAACAGUUUUCCAUUUCUGUUUUGGAAGUCCUAUUCAAUACUUUCCAACUUGUAUUUAAUAUUUAUAGGGUUUACUGUCGAGAAAUAAUCAGGAAACUUCAAUGAGGCUUCACAUUGUUAUCUUAUAUGGUUUGUAAUUUUUGGAUACACAGUGAUGUUGUGACAAUCAAAAGCUUGACUUGGUAUUUUAAUUUAUUACCGAAUACGUA